AUGAGUUCGCUGUCAGUGGUGAGUCCAGAGCGUCGCAUCGAGCUGAAUCCGUUUGAUGUGGACGCGUGGAAUCUGUUGCUGAGGGAGUCGCAGGCACGUCCCAUCGAUCAGGUGCGUCCAUUUUACGAGAAACUUGUGACGCAGUUUCCGAAUGCGGGACGGUAUUGGAAGGCGUAUAUAGACCACGAGUUGAGAGCGAAGAAUUACGAAAAUGUGGAAGCGAUAUUCGGACGAUGUUUAAUACACGUAUUGAAUAUUGACUUGUGGAAGUGUUACGUGUAUUAUGUGAGGGAGACGAAGGGUCAUCUCUCGUCGUUCAGGGAGAAGAUGGCUCAGGCGUAUGAAUUCGCAUUGGAUAAAGUGGGGUGCGAUAUGCACUCGUUCUCGAUUUAUUCGGAUUAUAUAUCGUUUUUGAAAUCUGCGCCGACAGUGGGUCAGUACGCAGAGAAUCAGCGAAUAUCGGCGGUGAGGAAGAUAUAUCAGAGGGGAAUUAUAACGCCGAUGCUGAAUAUAGAGCAGCUAUGGGCUGAAUAUUGCUCGUAUGAGAAGAGUGUCAACUCGACACUGGCAGAGAAAUUGAUAGCGGAGAGGAAUAAAGAAUAUCAGGUGGCGAAAAAGAUAUCGAAGUCAUUAGAGCAGAUAACGAGGGGGAUUAAUAGACAGGCAGUGAGUGUGCCGCCGAGGGGGACUCCGGCCGAGAUG